AUGAGCUCAGAUGUCAAGCGAUUCCGGUGGGAGAAGAAGAAGUUUUCCACUUUCCCUCUCGGGAGUCUCUGUCGCUCUUCGCGGUGCCUUCCGAGGCUCUCCCAUCUUCUGGCCUUUCGGGUCAGCUGUCGUCUGAUAUCUAGUGAGCACCCGUUGUCUCGGGCUUUUCCGUCAGCCACAGCAGUCUGGCCUCAGAAGCAGCUGACCCUGGCCAUGUACUCCAGAGUCGCCUUGGUGCUGGUACUCUAUCACGAAGAUCGCAUACGCCACGAACCUCAGGUGUCGAUCCCUAGGUCCCUGAGGUGCUCCCUCGUCUUCUCGUGGAGGGUGCCGUCAGUCCCGAGUAUGAUCGGGAGGGUGCUCCCCGUAUGCCUCUAUCUUAGAGUGGUAGUACGAGCUCAUGGACGCCGGCUGGACCACUCCUAUGUCGACGGCCUGGCUGGUGUCUGGAAAGAAGAGGUCCGGCUCUGGUUCUCCUUGUCAUGGUCAACCCAUACCUUCUGCUCGUGGAUCACAGUGCACCUCUUCUUCGACAUUAUGUGA